AUGGAUUACCACCUGCUUGGAUUAACUUUAGCUUUUUUCUUCGGUGAUACAAAGGUCCUAGCCGGUUACCCUAUUUGGUGGUCCCUUGCAUUAGGCCACCAAUAUACAUCCCUGGGCUCCCAGCCAAUUCUCUGUGGUUCAAUUCCUGGCUUAGUGCCUAAGCAGCUUCGCUUCUGCCGAAACUACAUUGAGAUCAUGCCUAGUGUGGCUGAAGGUGUGAAGUUGGGAAUUCAAGAGUGCCAGCAUCAGUUCCGGGGGAGACGUUGGAAUUGCACCACCAUUGAUGACAGCUUGGCUAUUUUUGGGCCUGUUCUAGAUAAAGCUACACGAGAAUCAGCUUUUGUGCAUGCCAUUGCCUCUGCUGGUGUAGCAUUUGCCGUCACACGCUCAUGUGCUGAAGGUACUUCAACUAUUUGUGGCUGUGACUCACACCAUAAGGGACCACCUGGUGAAGGAUGGAAAUGGGGAGGAUGCAGUGAAGAUGCUGACUUUGGAGUACUUGUCUCACGAGAGUUUGCAGAUGCCCGAGAAAACCGUCCAGAUGCUCGCUCUGCCAUGAACAGGCACAAUAACGAAGCUGGAAGAACGACUAUCUUGGAUCACAUGCAUUUAAAAUGCAAAUGCCAUGGCUUGUCUGGCAGCUGUGAGGUUAAAACAUGCUGGUGGGCCCAGCCAGACUUCCGGGCCAUUGGUGACUACUUGAAGGACAAGUACGACAGUGCUUCGGAGAUGGUGGUAGAGAAGCAUCGGGAAUCCCGUGGUUGGGUGGAGACACUGCGUGCCAAGUAUGCCCUCUUUAAGCCACCAACCGAGCGUGACUUGGUCUAUUAUGAGAACUCACCCAAUUUUUGUGAACCCAACCCUGAGACUGGGUCAUUUGGUACAAGGGACAGGAUGUGCAAUGUGACCUCACAUGGGAUUGAUGGGUGUGAUUUGCUCUGCUGUGGCCGUGGCCAUAACACUAGGACAGAGAAAAGGAAAGAGAAAUGCCAUUGCAUCUUCCACUGGUGCUGUUAUGUCAGCUGCCAGGAAUGCAUUCGUGUUUAUGAUGUUCAUACCUGCAAAUAAAAAAAGGUAUGUGUGGGGUAAAGGACUACCUAGAGCAAAAUAGGUAUUUUGUUGUUGUUGCAAAAGUAGCUAAAGAGUUUGAGAGGGAAAGUCAGUUUAAAGUUCACCUCCAUCCUAAGCAAUCUUAAAUAACAGGCAGUGUGGACAUGCCUCACACCUGAAACAUUUGUGAAGACUCCUGUGCUAUCAUUAUCUAAAAUGCUCAGGAAAUACAAAAUGCUCUGUAAGAGCACUCAUUAUUAAACAAAAUCUUGCAUGAAUUUUAAUGCAAUGAAUUUAGAACUUUCCCUAAGCUAGAAGACUUCCUUCCCAAUGUUUUUGGCAUUAGCUACUAUUUCUUAUACACAAGUAUGCAAAGUGGGGUCCCCAAUGUGAUCUUCCUAGGAUAGUUACUCAGCAGAUGACAGAAGACACUGGAUAUGGAUAUGUCACUAUCCGAAUAACUCUUAAGAACAGAGACUAGCAUUCAACAGGACAGUAAACAAAACAUAAGAGGCUGAAUCAUACGGGGAGAACAAAUAAGGUGGUGUGUGAAAUACAGAAAGAAAUAAUUCUGUGAGUACUGAAAAAAAAAUUAUUUAGGAAAACACAUUCCAGAUAUAAACACUUCUUAAUUAGAUUGUCAUUAAUACAGAUACAACAGCUUUCUCAGCCCUUACUACCUUUCAGAUGUGCUGAAGAUAAGGCCCAUAAUUUCAAUUGCGUACUCAUGCUUCUUGGAACUUUUAUGUCUGGAACUCACCAUUGUUGGGGGAAACUGAAUUAUGAGCAAAUGGAAAACACAGAAAGCUAUUCUUCUACAUGGCAGAGCUAUCAAAAUUGGGGUCCUAUCACUAUUCAAUUUCCAGAUUUUUGGAGGAGAUAUAAAUAGCAAAUUGACUAUAAACCAUUUCUUUCAUGACUUCAGUUAGAAAGUGGAGGCUUAUUAAAUAUGUAAGUCAUAAAUCAAACUCAAAUAAUAAAUCAAGUUCUCUGAAGAACUUGAAUACCUUCCAUUUUAUGCUAUGUAGCUUCUCAUAAUAAGCAUUUUAACAUAAUUUUUUUUAUUUUGGAUCAACACAGCACAGAUUAUUAGAGAAAAUUUGAAUGAACGAAUAUGCUUGCAAAUGCAAUGCGUUGCUUCCAUUCAAAGUGAAAUGCUGUUAACAAAAUAGGACACAAUUGGAUUGAAUGCAAAGUUGUUAAAAAAAAAUCAAGGGUCAAUGGGCUAGUUCAACUAUGGAAGUAUAGGGUCAAUCAACAGACUAACCUGUUCCUCCCAAAGGGAAUUCUAUUUCUAUCUCACCUUGUGAAGGUUACUAACUUAAAGAAAACCGAAUCCAUUCAGAGAUAAGAGAAGCACAAUUUAGUUUAGGAAAGAAUUGGAAAGUUCAUGUCACAACAAAAAAAAUGUAAUUAUUCAUACCAUUUGCUUAUUAAUUUUCUGAGGAAAUAGCUCUAUGGUAUUGCUGGAGGAUAAAGUGAGUGACUGCCUGGAAACAUGGUAGUUAAAGUUCCUGACUCAGGAUAAUGGAGAAGAAAAAAAGAUAGCAUGCCCAGCUUCCUUCUCAACUAAGGCAGGCAACGAUGAAAUAAUCUCCUUGAAAACAAUCCAACCGGACUUCUUCAGAUAGCUUACUUAGCAACAUCUGCAUUUCUUCUUGAACAGGUUGCAUUAUGGCGGCUGACAAUGAGCUCUGAAGUUCCUGAGGUAAUGUUCCCAAUAUUUAAAGGUUAUUUGUUUUGCACAUAUGAGAAUAUAUUUGUUUAAAAAUCCCUAUGAAAGGAGUAAAGGUGUUGCAACUGUGACAGACACUCAUUGUAACUAUUCAUGGUAGUAAAUGAUGUUCAAAAUGCAGAGGAGGAAGAGCCAGGCUCAAAAAAAUGUGAAAGGAACAAACUCAAAUGAUAGCAGGUUGUUUUUCCUAAACACUUCAUCAAGUGCAGUUAUUUUAUGAAUAAUUUAAUUUUCCCUCCAUGUCCACAUUCAUACCCUGCCCUAUAAUCAUGUGUUGUUUUUUUUAAAUCUGCAACAUAGCUUGGAUUUUGGAGCUGAAAUCUUAGAGUGACAGCAUUUCAUUUUUUUUCAACUGACCAAGUUUUUGCUUAGUACAACUUUUAGUCUUUUGACCAACAAUGAUCCAUCACACAGAAACACACAUCAUGUUUAACAUACACAAACAUAUAUAGUAUGCAUACCCCCACACUUUCAAUUAGAGUCCCAGAACACAUAAAUAGAAAUUACAGCAGGGGUGUCAGGCUGGAUACGACAUGUGAUGGCCAUGCCCAUGCUGUUUAGCGAAGGGAAAAGUCACAAUACGUCAUGUGACACCACCACGACAAUGCGAAUUUGACACCCUUAGACUAGAGGAAGAGAAAGUGAGCCUCUGAAAUACCAGCAGCCAGCUCCUUCUUCAAAAUUUAAAUUUCUAGCUAAACCUGCUUGAAAAUGCUGAGUUAGACUGAAUUAAUAGAAGAAAGAGUUAAGAUUGGCAACCAAUCCAUUGGGGCAUGUUCUUUUUGUUCUGUUUUAACCAACAAAGCUAAUAAUUAUUCUUGCUUCUCCCUCCAAUGAUUCAAGUGAGCAAUUCUCUCUCUUCAUUUAAGUGUCUCCACAGACACUUAAGAUGUCAAGGUUCCUGGAGAACAAUAAACAUACUCAGACAAUGUUGAUACUUCUUCCCCUUCUACCUUUAUUUUCAGACCUACAUAUUUCUGGAUACUUAGAGCAGUGUUUUUCAACCACUGUGCCGCGGCACACUAGUGUGCCGUGACAUAGUGUAA